GUUCAGAGACUGCAGACAUACUACAGGAGAUGGUCAGAAACUGUAGACACACUACAGGAGAUGGUCAGAGACUGCAGACAUACUACAGGAGAGGGUCAGAGACUGCAGACAUAUUACAGUAGAGGAUCAGAGACUGCAGACAUACUACAGGAGAGGAUAAGAGACUGCAGACAUACUACAGGAGAAGAUCAGAGACUGAAGACAUACUACAGGAGAGGAUCAGAGACUGCAGGCAUACUACAGGAGAGGAUCAGAGACUGCGGGCAUAUUACAGGAGAGGAU